GUAGGUAAUUGUGAUUCCUUUUUGUAACUAAAUAUGUAGGUAGAUAUUUGUGUGACGCUCUCAUUAAAAUAAGAUAUCACUGGUUACGGACGUGUUUCAUUUAUUACAUUGGCGACGAGGAUUUUUAAUGCAAAAAACGGAAGAAUAUAUAGUUAAAUUGGAAGUUUGUGACGAAACACGCGUGGAAUACUGUGUGCACAUAAUGUCGAUCGGAAAAAUUGUAGAUUUUGACAUUCAGACGGGCAACUGGACGGCUUACGUGGAGCGGUUAGAAAUGUAUUUUCUAGCAAAUAAUAUAAAAGACAAUGUGAAAUUACCAACAUUAAUAUCUGUAAUGGGGGAUAGUGCAUAUGAAUUGUUAUCGACACUUGCAAAUCCAAAAAAACCAUCGGAAUUAACAUAUAUCGAAGCAGUGGAGCUAUUGCGUCAUCACCUCCAACCGAAGCCAUCACCGUUGGCAGAACGGUACAAGUUUAGACAGCGGCGACAAACAGACAACGAAUCCAUCAGUGAUUAUGUAGCAGUUUUAAAGAAGUUGUGUAAAAAUUGUGAUUUUGGCAGCACACUGGAGGAUAAUAUAAGAGACCAAUUGGUAUGUGGUAUUCGAAGUGACGUCAUCAGACAACGGUUGUUUGCAGAGGAAAAAUUAAUUACCUACGAAAAAGCGGUGACGUUGGCAGGCUCGUUAGAAGCGGCGGAACGGGAUGCGUCCCUUGUCGAUUCAGGCAAAUACUCAUCAGAAUUAACCAAUAAUGCAGUCGACGGGACCAGCGGGCUGCAUACCAUGGGAUCAUUCAUAAGCCAGCGCGGCGGUAAUAGGACACGACCGGCGACAGCAAACGCAAGGCCAGGGGGCGGCAUGGUGCCCCGUAUUAUUGAUAUUUGCGGGUCAUGCGGAGGACGAGAUCACUUAGCAAAUAACUGCAAAUUUAUCAGUUAUGUCUGCAGUAAGUGCGGUACGACAGGCCAUUUGCGUCGAGUCUGUCCCAUGGAGAGGCUAACGUCUGGAAGUGGCGGAAGGGAACACCGACAACGUCAGCAACGCGGAAUUACAAGAGAUCGGCGUGGUUCACGAUAUAACAAUAUCGGCGCAGGUGGCGUGCGAAAUACGAAUUUUAUUGGAAAUGCCGGAUCAAUCGACAGCGACGAGAUAGCAGAUGAAGACAGCCUAGAGGAGGAGCCAGUAAUGCAGAUGUCGUUAUCGCAAUACAAACCGGUGAGCAUUUAUUUAACUGCAGAUAAUAGGGACUUAUUUAUGGAAAUUGAUACGGGUUCCGCACUUUCGUGUAUAAGUAAAGAAACAUAUAAUUGUAAUUUUGGUCACCUACCAUUACUAAAAUGUCAAGUAAUAUUAACAUUUUACGACGGAACUAAAGUCUGUCCUUUAGGGUAUUGUGAGGUACAAGUGAAAUAUAAAGGUUGCUCAAAAAUAUUAGAUUUAUAUGUAAUGAAUAAUGGUACUACGACUCUGGUGGGCCGACAGUGGUUGGCAGAGUUAAAUAUAGAAAUACCAAAGUUCAGUUCCCAUACGGUACAUGUACCAAAAUUAUUUUAUUUGAAUACGCCGACCGCUGUAAAUAAAUUAUUUUCCAGCUACGCUGAGCUGUUCGACGGUGCGGUAGGCCGCUAUACUGGCGGCGCGGCGCGGCUGCACGUGCGCGAGGGCGCCGCGCCCGUGUUCUGCCGCGCGCGCCCCCUGCCGUAUGCGUUGCGCGAGCGCGUCGACGCGGAGCUCGAUGCCAUGCUGCGCGGCGGCGCGGCGGCGUCAUCGAACCGGUCGACUCCUCGGACUGGGCCACGCCGUUAG